UUAAGUUUGCUUUGCAUCUCCCCCUUCUCCAUCUUUUCCUCCGCUUCCCUCGUUUCCCAACUCGCCCAAUUAAAUGCCAUGACUUCUUCCGCCUCCUCCUCCCAUUCCUCCUCUUCUUCCUCUUUCUCCAUCGUUCUCCUCGGUCUAUCGCCACCCUCGCUUCAUGUGGUCUCCAUGGAGAAAGCUCCGCCUCCCUCGUCGCGGAGCCGCCUCCCCCACGCCCCCGCCCCCGCUGCUGCCGCCGCCCCCUUCCUCCUUCUUGCGCUCCUCCUCCUCCUUCAAGGACGUCCGCUCCCUCCUCGGCGAUGACGACACCGACGACCCAUCCACGACACCCUACUGGGCGUCUCUGUCCCCAUCCCCGUCACCAUCCCCAUCACCGUCUCCGAUGCUAUCGCCGGCGCCGGUAUUUCACCGCGUGCGGUCUGCCUCCUCCGCCUUCCGCACGUGGUGCACCCCGCCGGAGGACCUCUUCGGCCUGCCCCCCGGCGAGGAGAAGCGGAUCGUCCUCUACUACACCUCCCUCCGCGUCGUCCGCCAGACCUUCGACGACUGCGCCGACGUCCGGACCAUCCUCCGCGGGCUCCGCGUCGCCGUCGACGAGCGCGACGUCUCCCUCGACGCCGCGUUCAUGCGGGAGCUAAAGGGCAUCCUCGGCGGCCGCCGCAAGCCGCUCGGCCUCCCUCAGGUGUUCAUCGGGGGGCGCCACUUCGGCGGGGCCGAGGAGAUCCGGCGGCUUUACGAGACCGGGGAGCUGAAGCGGUAUGUGGAGGGGGCGGCGCCGGCGGUCGUAGGGGUAUGCGAGGGCUGCGGCGACUUCCGCUUCGUACUCUGUCGGAGCUGCAGCGGAUCCCGCCGGUGCUACUCCGAGAAGGGCGGCAGGGGAUUCCGGACAUGCACCGCCUGCAACGAGAACGGCCUCGUGAGGUGCCCACUCUGCUGCGCCCAUACCGCCGUCUGAUCACGAUCGGAGGGUCCAGAAGAAGAGGGCUUGGUUCUUUACCAUGCAAUCGUUAGUAUA